AUGACCAAUAAGGAGCUACUCCAAAAGCUCAUGGCUAAAAUAGGGAGAAAAAUAAAUGCUAGGAUAGAUAAGCAGGAUGAGAACAUCAAAAACCUCCAAAUGUCCCAAAUGAGUUUAGUGAAACAAGUUGUGCAAGUAGCUAAUUCUCUGAACUUGCGUCCCGAAGGUGGGCUUUCCGGCGACACUGAACCCAACCCAAAGCAACUAAAUGCGAUGAGUACUAGAAGUGGGUUACAACUAGAUGAACUAUCUCCAAAGAAGAGAUAUACUGAGGCUGGUACUAAAGAAAAGAAAAUGGAAGAGGGUAUUCCAAAGUAUGCUAAAUACGUGAAAGAGAUAGUGGCUAACAAAAGAAGGCUCACAAAGUAUGAAACUGUAGCACUUACUGAGGAUUGCAGCUCUAGAAUUCAAAAUAGACUACCCAAAAAGUUAAAAGAUCUGGGUAGUUUUACUGUUCAGAUUAUAAUUAGGCAAAGUGUUCAUGCCCGGGGGUUGUGUGAUUUGGGGGCAAGUAUAAAUCUGAUACCCUUGUCAUUGUAUCAAAAGCAUGGGUUGGGUAGUCGUAAAGCCCCAGAAAUUAGUAGACUAAACUAA